AUGCCCGCUGCUUCCUCGGCGGCUGUGGGGAUCCUGCCCGCCACCAAUGCCAAGACCAAGACGAAGAAGAAACACUUUGUGCAGCAGAAGGUGAAGGUGUUCCGAGCCAAUGACCAGCUCGUCAGCGUCUUCAUGUGGGGAGUCAACCACUCGGUCAAUGAACUUAAUCAAGUUCCAGUUCCAGUGAUGCUCCUGCCAGAUGACUUUAAAGCCAAUUCAAAAAUUAAAGUGACAAAUCACCUUUUUAAUAGAGAGAACUUGCCCAGCCACUUUAAAUUUAAGGACUACUGCCCACAAGUUUUUCGAAAUCUCAGAGAGCGGUUUGGAAUAGAUGACCAGGAUUACCAGGCUUCCUUAACACGUAGUUCUCCUUACAGUGAAAGUGAAGCACAUGAUGGCCGCUUUCUUCUCGCUUAUGACAAGACCCUAGCAGUUAAAGAAAUAUCCAGUGAAGAUGUUGCGAAUGUACACAGUAUCUUGUCUGAUUACCACCAACAUAUUGUAAAAUGUCAUGGAGGCACGCUUUUACCUCAAUUUCUGGGGAUGUAUCGUUUGAGUGUAGACAAUGAAGACUCUUACAUGCUGGUAAUGAGAAAUAUGUUCAGUCACCGGCUUACAGUCCACAGGAAGUAUGAUCUUAAGGGUUCCUUGGUGUCUCGGGAAGCCAGUGAUAAAGAAAAGAUUAAAGAGUUGCCAACCCUGAAAGACAUGGAUUUCUUAAACAAGAGUCAGAAAUUGUAUGUUGAUGAAGAGCAGAAGAAGACAUUCAUGGAGAAACUGAAGCGUGAUGUUGAGGUAGCUGAACCCCUUGAUUAG